AUGAACUCGCUGUUGACUAUAGAUUCUGUAUCGUGGGUGGGUUUAGACGCGGGUAGCGAGAAACUGCUUCGCAAGGAAUUAACAAUGACUACGAGAGAUCAGGAGCUGACCGCAUUAUUGGUGGAGAGAAAACUGACGGAAUCGUUGGAGGCUGCCAUGAGACAGACGACAAUGAACAUCAUGAGCAUUAACCAGUACAAGUCAACUGUAGAUAAAUGGUUAAGUGAUAACAGUGAUUUAUUCGAGAACCCCGCAAGUAGAGGAAACGGUGGUGGAUGCUGGAUACUGAACGUGGCCAGCGAAUCUAAAAUGGCGAGAACCUUCGUACCGUUUCUUCUCGUCCUGGGGAUCUUCCAGACGAGUUUUCUGCUCGCAAAUACCAACGACGAGACAGUAUAUUCGAAAUUCAGGCUGCCGUCCGGCAUUGUAACACCGACCGCAUACAAAUUGUACCUUAGGCCUAAUUUGUCACGAUCUAUAUUUUGGGGUGAUGUGGAUAUCACGUUAACAGCCCUGAUUACGAGCAGUAACUUGAUAUUGAACGCAAAGGAAAUGAUAAUAUACGGCGUUACGUUCGAGGAUUUGAAUACAACUGAGGUCUUUGAAAAUGAAUACGUGGAGGACAAAGAGCACGAGAUCCUGAACAUCACGAUAAUACCCCAGUUUCUAAAGGAUCAUCACUACUCACUUCGGAUAAAAUACUUGGCAGUUUUGAACGAGGACAUGAAAGGAUUUUAUAGGAGCAAGGUCAUACAAGGUGGCAAAAUCACCGGGUACAUAGCAACGACUCAUUUUCAGCCGACGUUCGCUCGACAAGCGUUCCCAUGUUGGGACGAGCCCAUGUACAAGGCGAAAUUCAACAUCAGUAUCAUGCACAAUAAGACGAUGAAAGCGAUCUCUAAUAUGGAUGUACUAAAAACAGAAGAAAAAAGUGACGUGAUAAUCACUACAUUCAAAGAAACCCCAGUCAUGUCUACUUAUUUGGUAGCAUUCACAAUAAGCGAUUAUCAAUUUAAGGAAGAUAAAGUCGGCAACUUCACCUAUAGGGUAUGGACGAAGGCGAGCGCGAUAAAUCAGACUGAUUACGCUUUGAAAAUGGGUAGGAAGCUUCUAGAACAGCUGAAUUUGUACACGAAUAUGUCGUACCAGACGUACAUGCCAGACAAAAUAGAUCAGGUCUCGGUGCAGAAUUUAUUCGGAGUCCCUGCCAUGGAGAAUUGGGGCCUCGUAACUUACAGAGAAAGAUCUCUUCUUUACGACGAGGCUUUAAGCACAACCCAAAAGAAAAUGGACAUACUCACGCUCAUCGCUCACGCGUUUACUCAACAAUGGUUCGGCAAUGUCGUUACCCCGAAAUGGUGGAGGUAUCAUUGGCUGAAAGAGGGAUUCGCCAACUAUUUCGAAUACUUCAUUGCUCACAAAAUAGCACCUGAAUUGCGAUUGAACGAUGUGUUCGUUGUGGAGAGCACGCAGAUGAGCGCGAUGGUCGUUGACGCGCUCCCGGGGAUGCGUGCCUUAAAUAUGGACGUUUACAGCCCUGAAAGAAUCCUUGUGCUCUCUGACAGCAUCGUCUACGAGAAAGGUUACUAUCGUGUGCUCUAUGAUGUAGAAAAUUGGCAAUUGUUGAUGAAAGAACUGAACAAGGGAAGCGAUACUAAAAUACACGUGCUGAAUCGUGCGCAGAUAGUGGAUGACGCCUUUAGCUUAGCUCAUACUGGCAAUUUGAAUUAUACGGUCGCUUUAAACGUGACCCUCUACUUAACGCAGGAGACCGAUUUCAUGCCCUGGCAACCGGCAUUCAAGCACUUGGGCUACCUGCGGAAUUUGUUACGCACCUCCGACAAAUAUUACACUUUCACGCGUUACGUGGCAUACUUGUUGAGGGCUUUGACAAACGACGUGGGUUAUGAACCGAAGGCGAAUGAUACCGAUCUCGUAAAAAUGCUCAGAGUAGAAGCAAUGAGAUGGGCCUGCGAAGCUGGCGUCGAGAAGUGCACAUCCUAUGCUGAGAAAACAUAUCAACAAUGGCUCAAAAAUCCUGAGAUGAAAUUGGACGUUAAUCUGAAGACGGAAAUUCUUUGCGCUGGGGUCAGGAAGGCGAGCGAGAGCGAGUGGACUGAUACUCUGGAGUACAUAAUUACAUCUAAGCUCGAUGAGGACGAUAAAAAGGAUCUACUGAUGGCCCUAGCCUGUUCCAAUUCCUCUGAGAUUCUGAUGACAUACUUAAACUCAACUCUCGAGCCAAGCUACCCGAUUGAUUUCAAGACCGGCGUGAAAAACGUGGUGUCCAAAUAUCCGGCUGGUGCCGAACUUGUUUUGAAGUUCCUGUUCAAAGAAAACAACUUGGAAUUGUUUACGUUGUCUAUAAAUCCUACAAUUUCUACUCUUGCUUAUUUUUUAUGA